GGGAGCUCGCUUAGUGUGUGCGACUUUGUCCAAUUCUUUCAGUGCCCCCAUUGUGGCCUUGUGAGUAGUGCUUAUACAGAGACAUGGCAGUGCCAAAUGUCCACAACGGGUUCACAAGAGUCGAGUACGACCAGCACGUUCGCCACCUCGUCCACCGCCGCAUCAAUCCGCACUCUCUUUACGACGAAGUCACGUUGAUCGAUGAACUGACGUUGUAUGAUAUGUUUCGACAGCCGCGACCUCUGGCCACCACGCCCCUCACCGUCCCCCCCACACUCCUCCAAUCAGAGAUGCAAUGCCCCGUGUGUCUUGGCAUCGUUCGGAACGCGACGGUGAUCAAGUCUUGUUUGCAUCGAUUCUGCGACAAGUGUUUGAACGAAUGCCUCCGGAGCGGCAUCAAGGAAUGCCCGAGCUGUCGCGCGGUAAUUGGCCCCAAGCGCUCGUCAUUGCGCCGCGAUGAAACCUUUGACAAACUCGUGGCGACGAUAUACCCCGACUUGGAGCGCUACGAAGCGGCAGAAGACGAGCGCAUUGCCUCAGCUAACACGCCAAAGCGACUGCACCACGACGACAACCCCAUGUCGCCGUCGGGAAAGCGAGCCAAAGCCACAGCUCAAGUGGGGGUACGUGCCAUCCAUCUACUCUCCUUCCACGUGAUAGUAGUAUGAAUGUAUCAACGGGUACGAUCCAGUCGGCAGAACCAACGACCAGAAGGACGUCGCCACGCGAACGCUGCCGCCUCGCCAACCUUUCCACCAGAGAUUGAGUGGCAUACAUGACCAGAAGUAACCAUCCGGCAAGGCCAGGCCUAUAACGUUAUAAUCAAGCAGUGCCACGUCCAACAGGUUGGGCAUGUUGCGGUGAAGAUGGUCGUGAGCUGGCGCCGUUCCAGUAACGCUGCGGCGUUAACGUAUACUAGUACUUGAAGUAUUAAUACUACACUAUUUUGCAGUGAA